GGGGUCGCGUUGCUGCCGCAUUUCUGGAGGUGUGGGCAGGUGGAGAGUGAGGCAGAGGAGUGAGCUGUGCGUGGGAUGGGCCCAGAAGGCAGCAUCAUAGAAUCUUGAUCAAGUGAAAAUGGCCCUUAGCAAUCUGACAUCAAAGGCUGUGCUGCUAUACGAUGAAUGGAUUAAAGAUGCUGAUCCAAGACUGGAAGGCUGGCCACUCAUGUCUUCACCUUUUCCAACAACCUUUAUCAUUGGGACAUACAUUUAUUUUGUUACUUCAUUAGGACCCAAACUCAUGGAAAAUAAAAAACCUUUUGAUCUCAGGCAGAUAAUGGCAUUUUAUAAUUUUAGUGUGGUCGCCCUCUCUCUAUACAUGACUUAUGAAUUUCUUAUGUCAGGUUGGGCCACAGGGUACUCAUUCCGGUGUGAUAUUGUUGACUACUCGAGGUCACCUACAGCUCUAAGAAUGGUACGAACUUGUUGGCUGUACUACUUUUCCAAGUUCAUUGAAUUAUUAGAUACUAUAUUUUUUGUGCUGCGUAAGAAAAACAACCAAGUUACAUUCCUGCAUGUCUUUCAUCAUUCCAUCAUGCCAUGGACCUGGUGGUUUGGAGUCAAAUUUGCUGCAGGUGGUUUAGGAACAUUUCAUGCCUUGCUGAACUGUAUUGUCCAUGUUGUAAUGUACACUUAUUAUGGAAUCUGUUCUUUGGGACCAGCCUAUCAUAAGUAUUUGUGGUGGAAAAAAUACAUGACAACUAUACAACUUGUCCAGUUUAUUAUGAUUACUGUCCACAUAGGACAAAUCUACAUCAUGGAUGAUUGUCCAUACCAGUAUCCAAUUUUCAUGUUCAUUAUUUGGCUAUAUGGUUCUAUGUUUUUAGUCUUGUUUCUCCACUUCUGGUACCAUGCUUAUACAAAAGGACAAAGACUACCAAAGAUGGCAAGAAAUGGGAUCAGCAAAGAUCAGUGAAACAAAUUCUUGUUUCUAAAGCCAAAGAAGAGUAUAUGUUGAAGAGGAAACUUUCACUACUUGACAAUCAAGAUAUUUAGGUGCACACACUAAACAGUGUAUAUUUUGUAUGUUUUCUUCCAAAGCAGAACUUGUAUUUUUACUCUAAGUUAUUUGGGAUUGAGAAUUUGGGGGUUGGGGGGAGAAGCGCAGAUCUCUGAUUUAAAAAAAAAAAAAAAAAAAGAAAAAAAGGAAUUGUUCAUGUCUGCCCUAUAAGAAAUUGAUGGAUAAAUGAUCUCUAUCUUAGAAGAUGCAUGAAAAUAAGAACAUUAAUUGGGAAAACAAAAAUGUGUAUGACGAGUACUGAGUACUUUGAACACUGAGGGUAAAAAUUUACAUCACCUUGAAUAUUGUAAGUUGCUGAGACUGUCAGCUAUAUUUUAAUAAAAGAAUGACUCUUCAAUAAGUAUGGUUUAUAGAAUCUAAAACUUAUUAAUAUAUUUAAUCCAUAAACAAUAUUACGUAUGUGUUUACAAAUGAUAUUACUUUAAAGAAAGGAAUGUAAAACUGUCAUGGUAUGACGUUUCAUCUGAAGAUUGUAGAUUUUUGGAUAUACUUUUACUAAGACAACUAAGUUUUUUACUAAGGUAACAGUUCAUUUCGUGUUCUGCUCGAACAUUAAUUUGGGGAUAUAACAAUUUGGGGAUUAUCUGAACUGUCUUGUAGCCUAAUGAUCAAAACAUCUUACUGAUUUGUUUAGCAAAAUAGCCUGAUGUACUGAUUAUUCAGUGUCUCUAUGGAUAUAUUUUGAUAUUGGUAGCCUAGGCUUUUUAGGGAGGAAAAAUGCCUUGUAAUUUAGUAGCCAAAAUCUUAGUUCUCAAGUAAGGUUUAAGAAAAUACUAUUUGAUCGAAGCCUAAAUGUCAUCUAGCAUAAUUGUACUGCGCUUUAUUUCCUUCCAUUUUCCUGAUCUAUUGAAAUACACACUUAGAAACAUUUUCUCUUGUGGUUUUUUUUUUCAUGAUUAUUGAUGCUUGUUAUUAACAACUCAAGGCUACAAUUUCUCCAUUAAUAGAGGCAGUUAUGUUGUCCAAAACAAGGUAAAAAGAUAUAUGCUGUUUUGUGAGCUGCUGAGAUUCAGGUGGGCAGUGGUGACCAGGCAUGACUCCAGUUUGGGUGGAAUUAACCAGUAUAUUUUCAUGGCUGGGAAGACUAAAAGUCAUAAGUGUAUAGAAAUUAAAGGAACAAGUUAUUGUGCAAGUUUCAUUGUAGUGUAUGAGUUUAUUAAGGAAUUGGUGCACACAACAGAUCUGGAAAUGAAGAGUUAAAGGUCUUUAAAUUCUUAUCUUUAAAAGUACUAUUUUCUGUUCAUGACUAACAGAAAAGAAGCUUGUGAUAUCUGCUUUGUGCUUGAUGUGCUUGUGGGAUUUUCAGAUAGCCAAAACUUUGGGGUAUGUUUUAAUUGCCUCCCUGUUGUACAAUUCUAAGAAAGUAAGUUUUAUUACCUGAAUACUUUUAUUGGAAUGCUGAUAUUUAUGUUGCAUUGUUAAUGCUAAAAGAAUUUAAACUUUGCCUAGGACAUGAGUUGCAAAUGUUUUCUUACAGGACUGCAUACAAUCUUCUGUAUAAAACAAAUUAAAAAAAAAUAUAUAUUUUAUCUUUCCACUA